AUGCUGGAUAUGAACAUUACUCUGGUCAGUGAAUUCAUCCUGGUGGGCUUCCCUACAGCCCCUUGGCUACAGGUCCUCCUAUUCUUCAUUUUCCUUGUGGUCUACAUGUUGAUUAUAGCAGAAAAUCUUGUAAUUAUAUUCACUGUCUGGUCCACCGGCUCCCUCCACAAGCCCAUGUACUAUUUCUUAAGUAGUAUGUCCUUUCUAGAGAUCUGGUAUGUCUCUGUCACAGUCCCCAAGAUGCUGGAUGGAUUCCUCCUGCAGAGACGGCACAUCUCCUUCACAGGCUGCAUGACUCAGCUCUACUUCUUUAUCUCACUUGCAUGCACAGAGUGUGUGCUCCUGGCAGCUAUGGCCUAUGACCGCUAUGUGGCCAUCUGCCACCCUCUUCGAUAUCCAGUCAUCAUGACCACAGUUUAUUGUCUGCAGCUAAUGGCCCUCUCCUAUUUUAGUGGUUUCAUGGUCUCUGUUGUCAAAGUCUAUUUCAUUUCACAUGUUGCUUUCUGUGGCUCCAAUGUCAUGAACCACUUCUUCUGUGAUAUCUCACCAAUCCUCAAAUUGGCAUGCAAAGAUAUGUCCACAGCUGAGUUAGUAGACUUUGCUUUGGCUAUUGUCAUCCUUGUCUUCCCUCUUAUCACCACUGUCCUCUCCUAUGUCUACAUAGUGUCUACCAUUCUGCACAUACCCUCUACCCAGGGAAGAAAAAAGGCCUUCUCAACCUGUGCUUCCCAUCUUACCGUGGUAAUAAUUUAUUACACAGCCAUGAUUUUCAUGUAUGUCCGACCCAGGGCUAUUGCAUCUUUUAAUUCCAACAAACUCAUUUCAGCUGUGUAUGCUGUCCUCACACCCAUGCUUAAUCCCUUCAUCUACUGCCUAAGGAACCAGGAAGUCAAGGAUGCAAUCAAGAAGACUCUGGGAGGUGGCCAGUGCUUCCUGCUCUGUUGA